CAAAACCAGUGGUUUUCUUUGUGGCGGCUCUGCCUCGGUCCCAUCGCCCACCUCCCACCUCUAACCUCCUCCGGCACCAUAAAUACACACAUACCCACACCUUUCAAUUGGUAUCAGUUUCGAAUCCUCCAAUGUCGGUAUCGAUGCUCAAGGCGCCAUGCAAUGCAGCCGACCAACUUCAAGCCCUAGCCCAAUGCCGCGCCUACGUCGCCCCCCGCCGACUGCCUCGCCGCCGGAUCUCCGGAGUCUCCUUCUCAGCACCUCCCAGGACUCCGGUGGUGGCGGUGCUGGACCGGGUGGCCGCCGCCGAUGGAGAGCAGAGCCGGUUGGCGGUAGCGGGCUCCGGGAGCUUGGCGGACAGGCUCCGGAUGGGGAGCUUGACGGAGGAUGGGUUGUCGUACAAGGAAAGGUUCAUUGUGAGGUGCUAUGAGGUGGGGAUUAACAAGACUGCGACUGUUGAAACCAUUGCUAAUCUCUUGCAGGAGGUAGGAUGCAACCAUGCCCAGAGUGUCGGAUUUUCAACAGAUGGUUUUGCGACAACCCACACCAUGAGAAAAUUGCAUCUCAUAUGGGUGACUGCUCGCAUGCAUAUUGAAAUCUACAAAUACCCAGCUUGGAGCGAUGUGAUUGAAAUAGAAACAUGGUGCCAAGGGGAAGGAAGAAUUGGAACUAGACGUGAUUGGAUUCUCAAGGACUAUGCUACUGGUCAAGUUAUUGGGAGAGCAACAAGCAAGUGGGUGAUGAUGAACCAAGAUACUAGACGACUUCAGAAAGUCAGUGAUGAUGUCCGGGAUGAAUUCUUAAUUUACUGUCCACGAGAACUAAGAUUAGCAUUCCCAGACGAGAAUAAUAGCAGCCUGCAGAAAAUAUCAAAACUGGAAGAUCCUUCUCAGUAUUCCAGGCUAGGACUUGUGCCUAGAAGAGCUGAUCUGGACAUGAACCAGCAUGUAAACAAUGUUACUUACAUUGGUUGGGUGCUAGAGAGCAUGCCUCAAGAGAUCAUUGACACCCAUGAGCUGCAAACCAUCACCUUGGAUUAUAGAAGGGAAUGCCAACAUGAUGACAUAGUGGAUUCCCUCACAAGUUCAGAAUCAACUGAGGAUGCAAAAACCAUUCCAGAGCUUCGAGGAACAAAUGGAUCUGCUACUGCAACAAAAGGUCAACAGGACUGCUGUCAGUUCUUGCAUUUGUUGAGGUUGUCUGGUGAGGGUCUUGAAAUAAACAGGGGCCGUACUGAGUGGAGGAAAAAAACUGCAAGAUAAGGGUAUCUUUCAUUUUGCAAUACUUUCUCAUCUUAAGUGGGCUUCAUGGUGAUUUCUUCCUACUCUUUUUUAUUUUUCUUGUUUCCUUCCCAAGCAAUUUCGCUCUGGAUUUAUGUUUCUUAGGAGCUAAGUUGUUGAUUUCUGUCUUCUAUCAUAUGCCUAGAGUUUGUCAAAGUAUUUGUACUUGAAUAUGAACUUUGAUGGGCCAAACUCCAGACCCCAUGAAUGAAGUUUUGAAUUAUAAUUCUUUUUCUUUC